AUGAUAACAAGCCCCCAGAGCAGUUAUGCUUCAGAAUACUCCCCAUGGAAAUUCGUCACGGCCACAGCACAGGACUCCGACGAUGUCGUAGCCUCUGAACUGGAGCAGACCACACUCAAUGACAUCGCUGCUGGUAGGAGUCAAGGUGUCCACCUCCUGAUUCAUUUGAGCUGACGUGCUCAUUCUUUAGUCAACGCUCGCGACUUCUCGGCCGAAUCUGCCCUUUUCCAGAACAAGGCUCCUUACUGGGAAGCUGAACGGACCGCUGCUCUCUCGUUGAAGACACUCACUGUCGCCGAAUUCGUUGCAUCGAUCAAGAAGGUCACAGAGGACUGUCCAGACUACCAUGUUCGCGCUAUUGAUUCCACAACGAGCGUGAAUAAAAGCCUCCGGACUGCUGAGGUCUUUGCGAACUUUGAGACGACUGGACGCUGGCCUGGUGUUGCUAGGAGGAAUGUGACGACUUGUGAAUGUCAUCUUCUCGAUGGGAUCUGGUACCACGUGAGCCAUCGGAGCAUGCCCGGCAUGGGCCCAAUGAUGCCGGGAGUGUAAGAAGACUCUAAUUGUUGACCUGUUCAAGGACUAUGGCGACGCGAAAAAAAGAGCCGUGUCGAGAUAAAGACGCCUUCCUCGGGUCUCAUGCCGAUCCAAGGCUCCCUGAAGUUGCCACGGCAAACGGCUUCCUACAUUCGUCCCUGUCUCUCUGAUCUGUCACGCCGCUUUCCGCUGUCGAUGCAUUAUUGGAGAUUUCGUUAUCAGGUCUCGAUACGCAAAAGCCGCCUGGUGUCAUAACGCUAGGUGCUAGUGGUCGCCCCUUCCCCCUGCUAACGGCAAACUGCCGACGCGCCAAAGUCGUGAUGUUUCUGCCUGCGGACAAACUUCUCAACUUCUUCCAUGCACUUUAUGCACGGUCAGCAACACCAAACACAACUGCAAUAUAGAUUCUCGCUUCAGCCUUGAUUGGGACCGAAAGUACAAAAUCGAACCUCGAACUCGAGGGGUCCUGCAAUUACGGGAGGCCAUGCGAGUCUCAGCAACGACACCAGCUUCAUAACUAGCAAUCUUGACUUCGUCUAGGCACUCAAGACUCUUCUGCUGCGACUGGGACCUGGAUCUUAUCCAGGAGCUGAACAAGAAGUGUGGACUCGGAGAGCUAGAAAAGAAGCAUGGCAGAGUCUCCCGCUCUUCUGAUGCUCGACGUCGUCAGGAGGUAUGUCCCAUCACGAAUCGCUGUUCUCUUUCGCCAAGGUCCCAGGCAUGGUAUGACCAAUGUACGGGUCCCGGAUCACGGCCGUAUGAAAUGAGAAGUGGAACUGGCUCGCAACACCGUCAUGGAAGGUCUGCUGCACGCUUGACCCACAGUCGAUGAGCUUACGCAGACCUUGGCGAGCCUCUCCUUCGAUCCCUACGCCAUUGCCCACACUCGUACUCAAUCCACCAAGGCGGACUCCCGUCCCCAAAACUUCAUGGAAGAAGCCAAGGAGCUUCACAACGCGUACAACGAAGCACGCUCGAAGUUCAACGGCAAGUCUUGGAAGCGCGCUGACAAGGAUGUCUGCGGCGGCUGUGGCGCUAAACAAGACCAGAUUGGUAAGCCGCUGAAGGCCUGGUGCCAAGUGCAAGAGACAAGUACUGCUCUCGUGGUUGCCAGAGGCAGGGUUGAAAGGAGUCUAAGAAGGUCUGCCCAGAAAUGGCUGCCAAGAAGCCGCUCGACCCAAGUGCGGUUCUGUCGACCAUGGUGCUGCCAAAGAAGGAGGAUGAGGGAAAGAGAGAACGAUAUUUCUCAACGGACAGCGCCCGUAAUUCUGUGCUGUCAGAAUCGAGCUUGCGAUACUUGAGGAGACAAUCAGUCUUGGAGAAAGACAGAUGUGCAUCGUCUUCAUGCAAAUACGAUAUCCAUACAACCUAGGGCUAGGAAUUCUCAGCGAGAACUCCUCGAAUGUUCUAAUCCACAGCAUCGGCGUCCUCAUCGAUACCAUCAUCGUCCGGACAGUCCUCAUUGCCCACAUCUUCAUCAUCUGA